AUGGCGGAGAGCGGCAGGGACGGGGAGCUCGGCUCGCCCUCACGCAGGGUGCCCGCUGUCAGCUUCGGCACCGCGGCUUUCAUCCUCAUCAGAGUGAAGCGCGCCUUCAGGAGGAAGAAGGCCAAGAUGAAGAGUUCUGCGCGGGAGGCCACCACGGCCGGCGGCGGUGGCGGUGGCCGGGCGACGACAGGCAAACCAGCGCCGCUGUACCGCAGCCGAACACUGCCGGCGAUCGUCGUGCCAGUGCACCUCACAGCAGACAUCGCGCAGCACCUCAACAACAAAGCCGAGGAAGGCUCCUCCCCUCACCGGGUUGCUCCCGCUGACUGCUUCUUGCGCCCUCUGGUCACUGUCACAGCAGACUGUGAAGACGGGCAGGAGGGGGAGAUGCGGGUGCUGGUGGGGGGCGAGGAAGACUGCGCCCCCAGCAGCAGAGGAUCUUCAUCCUCAGCAGGACCCAUGGAGCGCCUCACGCGCCUCCUGACCAAGGAGCCCCGCCGGGACGGCGAGUACAGGCGCAGGACGCAUUCCCUCGAGAGGACUCCAGGUGGCAGCGGGUCGCGGCGGUCCAGCAUGAAGGAACUUUUAGUGUCUCUCUCGAUGGACAGAAGGAGGUCCCUGCGUCUCAAUGAGCUGCCCUCCCACCAGCAGCUGUAUUGGAAGGACGCCUCCAGCGGAAAAUACCUCUCUGGCACCCCACGUCGCUCUGCCAGCGUUGACUCGCUCGUCGACCAGACUGGCAACAACAACAACAACAACAACAACAACUGCAUCACUUACAACCACAACAGCCUGCUGGUGCCGGGCAGCGCCCACCACCCGCCACCAUGCCCGCCAUCCUUCAGGGGCAACGGCGCGGCGCGGGCAGCGAUGCCCGCGUCGCCGUCGCCGGGCAAGCGCCCCGCAAAGCCGGACCGCGCGGCGCACUACGGUACAGGUGCGUGGGCGCGUUGA